UAGGGUAUUUUCGGAAUUUCGCUCGGCAAUAAACGCCUCUUCAAUGGAUAUUUGAGCUGAGAAAACAGAAAUUCGUAGAACAGAAUCAGAAUUCAAGAAGAGGAUUAAUCGCUCGUCUUCUCUCCAAUAUCAUAUCGAACAAUUUCAUACCAUAUAGAAAGAUGGUGUGCAUAUUUUGCUUAAUACCUCUGUUCUUGGUCCCCAUCGUCAACAUAUUGCCUCUGCUCUUCUAUUAUAUCAUGGGAAAAGUUUAUCGGCUUUUUGGAUGGGAAUACAGAAAACCAGAGCGGGCACCUCCGGCUUGUCCUUACAAGCCCUUGCCCAAAAAAGAUAGCCCCGGCAAACAGGUUGAGGCAGAAGGUGAACCUGGUGUACAGGAGCCUGUUUCAGGAUCUGCUGAAGUAGCAGAUGGCAAACUGGACUGAAAAUUAAAGAGUAUUGCUUGUGCGUGAAAGUCAAAUUUCAAAAGGUCCUGAGGUUUUUUAACAUAAAGCUUCUUGAGUUAUUGUUCAGGGUAAAGGAAACUCGUACCAUAAUAUGCCUCUCGCUCUUUCUCUCUAGCUUAUGUUUUGUAAUUGAAGGUACAAUAAUUUCAGGAGUUGUUGAAAUAGAGAGCAUUCUCUUUUUUA